UAUAAACCCUAGAUAUAAUCCCCUCUCAACGUAGCUCUCAUCUCAAAAUUUCUUACGGAGUUCUCUACCACUAGCUUAUCCAUGACGAACAUCUCCUCUCUUUGCCUCUUUUUUUUCACUUUACCUACCAUCUUGAACCCGAUAUGUGCUCUGAAAAGUUGUGAGUUCCCAGCUAUCUUUAACUUUGGUGACUCAAAUUCGGACACAGGAGGAUUCGUUGCUUCCUUCCCUCCUCUUAAUCCCCCCUAUGGAGAAACUUACUUUCAAAUGCCGGUGGGGAGGUUCUCCGAUGGACGGCUGAUUAUAGAUUUCGUCGCAAAGAGUUUGAAUCUCUCAUUUCUUAGUGCUUACCUCAACUCUCUGGGGACCAACUUUACUGUCGGAGCAAAUUUUGCCACAGCAUCAUCCACCAUUACAUUGCCAGCUAGGAUUAUACCGGCCAAUAAUGGAUUCAGUCCAUUCUACUUUCUAGUGCAAUAUAAUCAAUUCGUGCAGUUAAAGGACAGAUCACAGUUGAUUAGGAAACAAGGAGGGGUAUUUGCACAAUUGAUGCCCAAGGAGGAAUAUUUUCAAAAAGCUUUAUACACAUUCGAUAUUGGUCAAAAUGAUCUUGGAGCUGGAUUUUUCGGAGAUAUGUCUGUUGAGGAAGUAAAUGCCUCUGUUCCUAACAUUGUCAAUACAUUCUCGACAAAUGUUAAGAGCAUAUACAAUUUGGGAGCGAGAUCAUUCUGGAUUCACAAUACAGGACCAAUUGGUUGUCUUGCUUAUGUUUUAGCCAAUUUUCCUUCUGCUGAAAAAGACAGUGUUGGUUGCGCCAAGUCUUAUAAUGAAGUAGCUCAAUACUUCAAUUAUGAGUUGAAAGAGACUGUACUUCAACUCAGGAAGGCUUUUCCUUCAGCAGCAUUCACAUAUGUAGAUGUAUAUUCUGUGAAGUAUUCUUUAUUCAGUGAACCCAAAAAACAUGGAUUUGAGCUUCCACUUGUAGCAUGCUGUGGCUACGGAGGCCUGUAUAAUUACAGUAGCAGUGCUGGAUGUGGAGCAACAAUCACAGUAAAUGGCACCCAGAUAACCGUGGGCUCAUGCGAUGAUCCCUCGGUACGAGUCGUUUGGGAUGGAAUUCAUUACACCGAGGCCGCCAACAAAUUUAUUUUUGAGCAAAUAUCUACAGGAGCCUUUUCUGAUCCUCCUAUUCCUUUGAAGAUGGCAUGUCACAGGACAAUGGGUUAAUAUAUAGGUAUAAAUCUAUAGUUCAUUAUCAUAUAAUCUAGGUGAUCAAUCUCAAUAAAGGAUGAAUUAUUCAAUAUGCUAUGAAUUGUACUAUUCUCUCUCAUAAAAAUACGAGAUUUACGAAUUAUUUUCA